CACUGACACGCCACAGACAACCUUUCCCCUGCACAUCGCAUUGCCCUUCUUGGCCGACCUCAACCUCGGUGACUCGCUCCAUCUCGACUUAAGACGCCAAUUUCACACAAGUCAGUCGCAACCACUAGUCUGACCAACAACCGACACCUCGUACUCAACCCGGGCCAGCAUACGUCCUCCAUUACACGUUUCAACCAUACACAACUCCUUCCUCUCCAUACCCGAACAGCCCUUCCAUCGAGCCUCAACAACCCAUUCAUUGCCCCCCAGCAUCACAAACCCGCCAUCUUCUACUGGGCAUGGGCACGCCGGGUAAGAUGGAUCCAACUCCCCCAUCUCCGUCCACCUCGGUCGCCGGGUCCAAUGCGCCGACUAGCGAAACGGGGUCCACGACAGGUAGCAAUUAUGGUGGCAUCGACCCCGAGAUCGAGGAGAACCUCUACAUACUACCCUAUGUCUCCGAAGAGGGUCUGCGCAGCGACGCCACCGAUCGCCGCAAGAUCAUCGGAUCCUCCCAUGACGAUUAUUAUCCCCUUCCUGCCGAAUUUAGUAUCGCUUCAUCGACCGAAGCACCCUCUCUGCCCGCGGACAACGGUUGCCGCCUACUCUCGCUGCCCUCCGAGCUAAUCGACGCCGUCCUUUCCUACCUGCCUCCAUGCGACCUGGCCAUUGUCUCCGAGACGUGCCGAAUCCUUCAUGCACAUGCCACGUCUGACGUACAUUGGUACCAGAGGGUGCAAGCAAACAUUCCUGGCACGAAGCUCGAAACUCCCUACCCAUGCCGUACCUACCGCGAACUAUACGCUGCACACGACCCGAGAUGGUUCCUACCAAAGUACAAGAUCUGGUUCUGCGACCGCGACCUCAUGGGCAAAAUGAUCGUUGUGCGGUAUGACCAGCGAAGAGGUUGCAUCGAAGGAUACCAAUUGUUGGCUGUCAGCAGCCGCACCACAUACCAACACUGGCCUGCCGACAACAGUGUGAUAAUCCAUGCUUUUGAGCCCCGAGUCAAGUUGCAUCUGGACAAGCCGGUGCUCCAAUUCCACGCGCGCGUUCCAGAGGAAGACGAUGAUUCGACCGGGAUACUCGGCAAUCGCUUCCUCCCCGAGAUACCCAUGGCUAUCGAUGACCGUUCCGACGCCAUGUUUAGCAACUUUUUAAUGGCCCGUCCACUAGACCCUGCGACUGCCACCUCCAAAAUGGAGGCGCCGUUUCCAUAUGGUAACGUCUGGCCUCCACCGGCCAUACCUGCCCGUCACCGCGUCGCCGGCGUCGCUUCGGGCUUGGACGGUGAUGACCUUGCCCCUGGCGACCUGCCGACCCGGCGAGUCGAGGCCUCGGACCAGGCAUUUCGCAUUCGACAGUGGAUGGAAAUGGCUGGGGGACCAACCCCGGGACUGUUCCUCGGGGCGGGACCCAUUGGUCUGAUCCAGGCGAUCCAGGCGAACAUGGGUAUGGUGGGAGGAGGACGAGGUGUUCCUGGCGUGCAUAUCGGCGAAGAAGUGGUCACUUAUUCAACACUCGAUCCUAUCGUGUACACGCCGACCCCCCUCAAGCCAUGGCGCGGCAUCUGGGUUGGCGAUUACAGUGGACAUGGCUGCGAGUUCCUUCUGAUAAAUCAGCCAGAUGAUGAAGAAGUUUCCGACAACGAGCUCGGCUUGGUACGUGGCGUUGACGAGUCCGAAGACGAGUGGGCCAGGCGACGUACCGAUGCGAGAGUACAUCGAGGCCGCCUUGAGGCGAUCAAACUUACUGGCGAUCCAAAUGUUCCAAGAGGAGAGUAUACAUUUGUGGCAGACGAUUUGGGUGAGGCCGGCUUCGUCGGACUUGCUCGGGAGCCACCGUUCCAGGGCACGCGCGUCGUGAAGAGCAAAGGGCACGUAGCUGGGACCGGUUUUCUUGAUGAUAAGUAUAUUGAGUCACAGCUUAUGCUCAUCUCUCACGACCGACUUGCCCAGUACUGGGUUGGAUUCGGACACAUCAGUUUCUUCGAGCGAGUGAACCUCGAACAGUUCAUGUCACCUUAGGUUCACUCUCCCAACAAGUGAUCUGGGGACCCUGUGUUAUUAGGAAUGUUGAGUGAAUUUGUGGACUGAAAAGCCCUGUCUAAUAAGGCUGGAUGGAAUCUUGAUUUCGUCAAGCUUUACAAACUCGGGCUUGGCUUGCAAAGUGCACGACGCCUUUGUUUCCCGAUCAUCAUCCCCUAAAGGAAAUAAUCUCCACUGCUUCAGUCCACAUCAUCGGCAUUCGUCUCCGUCUCGUGGGAGGCCGGCCCCAUCUUCCUCCUAGCCUCCUCAAGGGCCUUCUCUUCGUCGUGGGACUCGUGCUCGUCCUUGCUGGGCGGCAGCGGAUGACCUGAUUUGGAGCUGUCCGCGUCGGCCUUGAGGGUGCCGUCCUCGUUGACGUCGUCCUUGAGGUAAAGGGUAAAUAAAACGACAAGGUAGACGUCACCGGUGUUUUUGUUCCGGAGAACGUAUCUAAGUUGGUGUGAGCGCUUAGGCCCUUCUUCCCUGCUACGAGUAAGAAUGACGGAAGGAAAAACAUUUAAGCGGAACUCUUUCUUGGUGUAGACGUGUCGCUGUACGUUUGGCCUCACUGUGAAAUAGCAAAAGGCCCCGGACGUCGACCAGAAAGCGUUUGUGGACAAUGGAGACAGUCAAGUCGCAGAAAAGUAGUACAAGCACUCAAAUGGACAGAGGAGCAGAAACUCACCGAAGACCUUGUCCAUCCCAGUACUUCAUGAUGGCCAGCUGAAAUCCCGGUAGGCGAAGCGCCAAGUUGGCAAAGUCGAGAUAGGGGUUGAAGAAGUCCAUGCCGUACGUCCUGCCGUACUCAAACAGCCAGUUUUCCUUGCUGUCCUUACGCAGGGCCCACUUCAUGCGCUCCUUGGCCGUGGCCGGCGCGCCAAUCUUCUCCCGCGCCUCAAGGCCGGCCUCGUCGCCGCCCUCCUCAAACCACAGGCCACCCUUCUCUGCAUCUUGGAUGCCAGCUCCCACGUGGAUGGUGUUGAAGGAGCUCAGCGCGGGGCCGUAAAGAUGAGGAACGUCCGCGUAGGCAUCGCCAUCCAGGCCCGGGUCGAUCCACCACUUGACGAUAUUCAGCGCCGUGUUGAACCCCGGGGGAAGACGGUCGCGGAUGGGGUGAUCAAAGUCGUUGCCGAAUUGCAGAUCCUCGGCUGAUAUGCCCUCUCCCGUCGAGGGGGAAGGAGAGACGCUAUCUGCGGGCUUCUUCGGGGUGAAGCGGAAUGAGAUACUGUACUGGUCGUUGUUGGUGGCGUGGGGUUCCGUGGAGAAGUAAGGGGAUGUGGUGGGCGAGUUGCGCGGCAGGCCGGCGUAGUUCUGUAUGCGGACAUUGAGCUCGACGUCGGCCAGGGCGCUGUUAAUCUUCGUGGGCUGUGCCUGGUUGACAGGGACCUCGACUUGGGAGUCGACGUCGUAGCUGGGGCCAGCGGUCACCCGAAGGAUGUACUUUUCGGCCAUUGUGCUUGAGGUUGACUUCUGUCUUUUGAUGGACGUUGGCUGAUCUGGUCUGGAAAGUCGGUUUUUGGUUCUGGGGAAUAUCUGGCUAUCCGAGAAAGAUAGGUAGAGAGGCUUAUUGAGUGAGGUUUUUGGCCGACUAUGCAAGUUGACCGUAUCUUCUACAAGGCAGAAAAUGCGAGUGGGCACAGCAAUGACGUUGACAUGAGAGACUAAGACAUGCACCUUGCUUUAGUGCACUCUUCGACCCCAGCUAACCGCUUUGAAUCGGGCAAGCAUGUGAGAUGCUUGCAAAUGUUGUUUUUGGUUCUCAGUUGGUGUCUUACCUACCGAGGGUCUGGAACAAAGGGCAGACCGAGG